AUGCGUCCCACGGGACGUCUUCACUUAGGGCACCUGCACGGUGUGUUAAAAAACUGGGUUCAACUGCAGCACGAAUACGAGUGCUUCUUUUUUGUGGCUGACUUCCACGCGCUGACCACAGAUUACGAAGAGUCGCAGAACAUCGAGCAGUACACAUUCGACACUGUUGUCGAUUGGUUGGCUGCAGGUGUUAAUCCCGGCACGGCCACGAUAUUUGUGCAGAGUCGGGUGCCGGAACAUGCGGAACUGCAUCUGCUGUUGUCGAUGAUCACACCCAUCUCCUGGCUUGAGCGCGUACCCAGCUUUAAAGAUCAGCAGCAGAAACUCUCUGACCGGGAUCUGGCCACCUACGGUUUCCUUGGUUAUCCGCUGUUACAGGCUGCAGAUAUUCUGGUGUACCGGGCCGGUUGGGUGCCUGUCGGCGCGGAUCAGGUGGCACAUGUGGAGCUUACCCGGGAAGUGGCGCGGCGGUUUAACCAUAUUUACGGUCGUGAACCUGGCUUUGAAGAUGCCGCGGAAGCUGCGGUCAAAAAAAUGAGCAAAAAAGCUGCUCGCAUGUAUGGCAACUUGCGCAAAGAGUACCUGGAAAAAGGUGAUGGCGAAGCCCUGGAGCGCGCGCGUGCAUUGCUGGCUGAGCAACAGAAUCUGUCUAUCGGUGAUCGCGAGCGUUUGUUUGGCUAUCUGGAAGGCGGUGGUCGCAUCAUUCUGCCGGAACCACAGUCCUUGCUGACGAAGACGGCAAAGAUGCCUGGCCUGGAUGGUGAAAAGAUGUCCAAGUCUUACAACAAUUAUAUUUCGUUGCGGGAAGAGCCUGACUCGGUUGAAGCAAAAAUUCGCACUAUGCAGACAGACCCUGCACGUGUACGCCGCUCGGAUCCGGGUGAGCCGGAAAAUUGUCCGGUGUUUGCGCUGCACGAAGUCUAUUCGACUGAGGAAGUGCGCAAGUGGGCCACGCAAGGUUGUCGCAGUGCAGGUAUUGGCUGCGUCGACUGUAAAAAACCGCUGAUUGAUGCGAUUAAUGAAGAACAGCUCAUCUACCGACAACGUGCCCAGCAAUUUGAAGAAGAACCUGAUCUGGUGCAUGCGAUUCUUGCGGAAGGCUCUGAGAAAGCACGUAACCUUGCUCGUGAAACGCUGGACGACGUCAAAGAAGCGAUAGGACCGUUGGAUCUGCUGUUGUACCUGAUUCGCCGGCAGAAUCUGGAUAUCCUGAAUAUCAAGGUCGCAGAGAUCACCCGUCAGUACAUGGGUUAUAUUGAUCUCAUGCAGGCGUUGCAGCUCGAACUUGCAGGCGAAUACCUGCUCAUGGCCGCGAUGCUUGCUGAAAUCAAAUCCCGCAUGUUGCUGCCUCGUCCGGAAUCCCUUGAAGAAGAGGAAGGUGACCCACGCGCGGAGCUGAUACGCCGUCUGCAGGAAUACGAGCAGAUUAAAACCGCUGCAGAAGGUAUUGAUGAAUUGCCGCGCAUAGAGCGGGACAUCUUUGAUGUGGCGGCGAGCAAACCUGACCUGGUAAGACAACAUGCAGACCCGGAAGUUGAUCUCAAAGAGGUUCUGACCGCGCUGGCAGCUGUGCUGCGUCGGGCAGAGAUGUUCCAGAAGCACGAAGUGAAGUUCGAACCAUUAUCCGUCCGUGAACGUAUGGGUGAUGUGCUGGCACUGGUUAACUCUCAGGAUGGUUUUGUAGAUUUCGGCGAAUUAUUUAAGCCUUCUGAAGGUCGCAUGGGUGUGAUCGUGACCUUCCUUGCCAUCAUGGAGCUGGUGCGUGAGGCGUUGGUUGAAUUUGUUCAAACUGAAGCGUUUGCGCCGAUUCAUGUGCGUGGCGCAUCCGGAGUGGUUGAUCACGCUCCGGUGUUCAAUACUAAUUAUGGCGGCGAAGCAGAUUCGGACGAAGCUAUUGAAGUCGACCAAGAUGAAGACAGCGACGAGGACAGCUAA